AUGCUGAUCGAGGCUAUCAAACAAGGAAGGGUGUUCAUGGUGAAGUAUCUUCUAGAUUGCAAAGCAGCCGAUGUAAAUGAAACUGAUAAAGAUGGACAGACACCAUUGAUCAGUGCGUGUCUUUUGGAUGAUAAUAUGUCGGCGACCCGAAGAAAACUUGUCCGCUUGUUUCUGGUGAAAAACGCAAACGUGAACAUGGCAGACAGUUCUGGUCGAAACGCUCUGAUGUGGGCCUGCCAUUUGGGAAAGAUCGACGUUGUUAAAAUCCUGUUUGGUCGUUCACUGAUGGACUUAGAUUUCACAUGUACGGAUCCUGUUGGUAACACAGCGUUACAUUAUGUGUCCUCAGCCGGACACUACCCUCUAACAAGCAUGCUCGUGGAAGCCAUGAACCGUUUUGGGGUAUCUUUGGACAGACGAAACAACGAAGGAAUGACGCCACUUUUAGCGGCGACAAAAAGCGGGAACGAGAUGUGCGCUAAUGUCCUGUUGGAAAACGGCGCAUCGCCAGAUAUUGUUGACCCAGAAACUCUUUUGAACGUCAAAGAGCUCGCAGAAGACGGGAAACUAAGUGAACUACUGGAGAAGAUUACCAUUCGCAGUCCUAGGACCCAGUCACGGUGUAUGUUUCCAAGGCAACCGGAUGAUGACGACAUGAGAUCGACGAUACGCAGCCCUGAUCGUUCAAGGGGGACCACGAGAGAUGAUUUGAAACAACCAGACAAACAAUCCAGUGAUAAUCGCGUAAAGGAAACCCGAACGCCUUUGGUGGGAAAACGAAAGGAAAAAGGAAGCAAAACAGAGUUGAAAUCUGGCAAACUGAAUACGACACAAAAUAGACCCAAGACAAAUACCAGAGAUAUUGCAGAGAUUAGAUCACGGAGUCCAUGUAUUAACUUCAUUCCUUGUCCUCGUCCGACUAGCCAAUGUAAUAUUGUACCACCUCAGACAAGAGAAACCAGAUCAGCUCAGCCGGGCAUCAAUGGCCUAACAAACCCUUACGAUCUGCGCAAUCUUCAAUCUGUGCUUUCCCUUUACGGUGAACAAACUGCUCCAGGCUUUAGAAAAGGCUUCACAACUCCUGGAAUGAGUAGCGAGGACUUCCAACACUACCUGGAAGAACUGAAAGUGAAAGAGAAGAGAAGAACCUCACACCAGCUCGGGUUCCACCACUCCCCCCUGCAACACCGUCGUCGCUCGGCCCUGCUGAAGGAACACAAUCUGCGCAGAAGCAGUGAUCCCACGCAUAACUGCCGCCGUCAUAGUGUAAAUCCUAGUCUAUUUCAAAGGGGGGGUCUAUUCGAUAGAAAUUUGUCUCAUCUCAUAGAUUUACAAUUGCCAGUGAGAACUAAUAAUCAAAGACGGCAUACGAUCAUGGUAUCCACCCCAAAAAUGGGGAAUUCGGGAUUCUGA